GAAUACAUAGUUUACAUGGGUGACCGUUUAAAGGCUGCCCAUGUCUCAGCCACCAACCAGCAUACAAACAUUCUUCAACAAAUUGUGGGCAGUAUGGCAUCAGAAUCAUUGGUCCACAGUUACAAGAGGAGCUUCAAUGGGUUUGUGGCAAGAUUAACUGAGGAAGAGAGCAAGAAAAUAGCAAGCAUGGACGCGGUGGUGUCUGUCUUUCCAAAUGGGAAAAAGAAGCUACACACGACAAGAUCAUGGGACUUUCUCGGUUUUCCUGACAAUGUUACCAGGAGUGUUGGAGGUGAGAGCGAUAUUAUCAUUGGAAUGCUGGACACUGGAAUCUGGCCGGAAUCACACAGCUUCAAAGACACUGGAAUGGGUCCACCUCCAAGCAAAUGGAAGGGUACAUGCCAAUCAUCAGGCAACUUCACAUGCAACAAUAAAAUCAUUGGAGCAAAGUAUUACAGAAGUGACAAACAGGUACCACCGGGAGACUUUGCUUCUCCAAGGGACUCGGAAGGCCAUGGCACACAUACUGCUUCAACAGCAGCAGGUGAAGUAGUGGAGAAUGCCAGUCUAUUAGGCCUUGGCACGGGAACAGCCCGAGGAGGUGUACCCUCAGCUCGUCUUGCGGUGUAUAAGAUUUGUUGGUCCGACGGAUGCUAUGACUCCGAUAUCCUAGCAGCCUUUGACGAUGCUAUCGCUGAUGGGGUCGACAUCAUCUCCCUCUCAGUUGGAGGAUUCUUUCCCUCUGACUAUUUUGAAGAUGCCAUUGCAAUUGGAGCAUUCCAUUCAAUGAAAAACGGAGUGUUAACAUCUAAUUCAGCUGGAAACGAGGGUCCAGGUCCUAGUUCAAUAACAAACUUCUCACCCUGGUCUCUUUCAGUUGGAGCAAGCACCAUCAAUAGAAGAUUUGUAUCGGACGUCAAGUUGGGUAAUGGAAAGGUCUAUGAGGGAGUGGCUGUAAACACUUUCGAUUUGAAAGGUGCAAUGUUUCCAUUAGUUGAUGACCAAGAAACAAACGGAACUAUUGCUCUUCUCGAGGGACUAGACGAUGGACAAGGGCCGCUUAGCGCUGGCGUGGCUGGAAUGAUAAUGCAAGAUGGUGGAUUCAAAGAUUUUGCCUUUUCCUUCCCCUUACCAGCUUCCAAUAUAUACCUAAACAAUGGCAGUGAUAUUUUACAAUACAUACAAUCAAGCAGCAAGCCGGUGGCAACGAUAGAGAAAAGUAUUGCGAAGGACGACGAUUUAGCUCCUUAUGUGGUAUCUUUUUCUUCUCGAGGACCCAACCCAAUAACGAUGGACAUUCUAAAGCCUGAUAUAGCUGCACCAGGAGUCGAUAUUCUAGCCGCAUGGUCAGAAGCUACAACUGUGACUGGGAUACCGGGAGACAACAGAGUCGUUCCAUAUAACAUCAUUUCUGGAACAUCCAUGGCUUGCCCUCAUGCCUCGGGUGCGGCCGCCUAUGUCAAAUCUCUAAACCCGAGUUUCUCUGCAGCAGCAAUCAAGUCUGCUCUCAUGACAACCGCUUUUCCGAUGAGUGUCAUAACCAACACGGAUGCUGAAUUUGCAUACGGGUCAGGCCAAAUAAAUCCAACUAAAGCAGCUGACCCUGGUUUGGUGUAUGAUGCUACAGAGGCUGAUUUCGUAAGCUUCUUGUGUGGUCAAGGCUAUGAUACCAAGAAACUGAGAAUUGUGACUGGGGAUGGUAGCACUUGCUCAAAAGCAAACAAUAUGACCGUGUGGGACUUGAAUUAUCCUACUUUUGCAGUUUCUGGGGCAUCCGGAGUAACAGUCACUCGUGUGUUCCAUAGGACUGUCACAAACGUCGGUACCCCAGUUUCUACAUACAAGGCCAAAGUGGUCGCCUCGCCUGGGCUUCAAAUUAAUGUGGAGCCAAGUCUUCUCUCAUUCAAGUCUUUGGGGGAAAAGAAAUCUUUUGUUGUCACGGUCUCUGCUAGUAUUAAAAAGAACAUUGUUUCAGGUGUCUUGAUUUGGGAUGAUGGAUCUCAUCAAGUGAGGAGCCCGGUCGUCGGGCAAUCUCUUUGA